GAUGCUCGGCGGGAAGUGCGCAUGCGCGGGGAGGCUGCGCUGCUCCUGACUAUCGGGCCGAGCUGUGUUGUUGGAUUGGGCCUGGACAGGUCCGUCGCCGUCGCUCUCUUGCGUUACAUUACACUCGGGAGGCCGGAGCGGAAAUAAGUGCACAUUGCGCUCCCGUGCUAUGGAUGUAUUGCUGGCUUCUGAUGGGUUUGCUUUACUGCAGUAGUCGGUGCGGCCUGAAGCAGGGGAGGAUGAAGCAGUAAAGAAGGGAGGACCCGGAGUCAGCUCCCCGCACAAACACCCCCCCCCCGCUAGGAGAGCCCGGGCAGCAGCCAGCUGUAACCAACAUGGCCCAGGAGAAAAUGGAGCUGGACAUGGAGAUCCCGGGACCCCCGAGUGACGGGAGCCUCAGGAGGUCAAACAGCGCCCCCCUUAUCAACGGGCUUAGUGACAGUUCGCAGGUGUUCCAGCCGGAUGCGAUGAGAGCGCGCAGGAACAGCACGACUGUCAUGAAUCGUCAGAGUCUGAUUGUGCCAUCGUCUCCUGUUCGUAUAUCAAGCAGCAGGCUUCACCAAAUUAAGCAGGAGGAAGGAGUCGAUCUUAUGAUAAAUAGAGAGACGGCACAUGAAAGGGAGGUGCAGGUAGCGAUGCAGAUGAGCCAAUCCUGGGAGGAAAGCUUGAGUCUGAGCGACAAUGAUUUAGACAAGUCAUUUUCUCCAAAGCGAAUAGAUUUUGUGCCCGUGUCCCCUGCUCCUUCUCCCACCAGAGGGAUUGGAAAGCAAUGUUUUUCGCCUUCGUUACAAAUUUUUGUCAGCAGUAAUGGCCUGCCUCCCAGCCCCACGCCUAGUCCUACAAGACGCUUUGCCACCAGGAGGAGUCAGAGUCCCAUUAACUGUAUUCGUCCAAGUUCUCUUGGACCUCUUAAGAGAAAAGGUGAAAUGGAGAUUGAAAGUCAGCCAAAAAGACUUUUCCAAGGAACUGCAAACAUUCUUUCUCCCGAUGUUACACAUUUAUCAGAUCUUGGCGCGUGUCUGUCUUCCGAAACCCUGGAUGGAAGUAGCAGCAGCCUCAGCUCAUCGUGCGGCUCCCCUGCUAAAAACAUAGUUACAGAAUCUCCUUCGUCGUCUGACUCCUGCUCCCUGUUCAUGCCAGUUGACCGUAUUUCACCCAAGUGAUACACGAGCCGGGUGGUGUGAUUCCCAUCCCCCAGCGGAGCAUACGCUCUGAUUAAAUGCCUCGAGACAUUCAUAGUUAUGUUUGUGUGUUCACUUUCGCGCUAGAAAUGUGAGUUGGCUGUUUCUCAUCUAAGGGCAGCCCUUGAGUGCCUUUGUGCUUUAUUUACUUCUGGAUAUACAAUGGCUCUUCGGGCAGGAGAACCAGGACAGGAACAGCUGGACGCACCGGCUUCAUAAGGAUCAUAGUAGCUGAUGUCUGUGAUUCAUUCUGCCAUCUUUUUUUGUUCCCAAAAGUGGAAGGACUUGUAAAGUAACAGACAUUUCUUUUCAGUUAUUACUCAGUCUUUGUAGGAAAUUCUAAUUCUCUGCACGUGACGAUUCGCUCAACUGCUCCGUGGUCAAUUUUCCAGUAAAAUACUUCAACCGAGCUUAUUUUGUAUUAAGGCCAACUUGUUUUGUUUAAGCUGCUGACAACCCUUUGUCCCCAACACUAAAGCAAAGAUCUAUUUAUUUAUGGGGGAUAUGAGUGAAAGGCUGUCAUUCUGUAAUAUACGUUACUACUGUCGGAUGCUCUUUUAUUGAAGGCUUGUAUUUUAGUAUUUGUAUCAUUUGAGUCUCUCGAACGUUGUGAUCUGAAUUAAGGAUUUUUAAAAAGUUGCCUGAAUUCUGUUUUUAAUAAAACGACCCUUAUGGAAAA